UUGAUUAUACCGGAGGAUAUCCGCCAUCCAUCCACCAUCCACGGCCUCUCAAAAUGAGGAAGCCAGAGCCCUCCUCAGGCGCAGCCGCCGGGAAUAAAGACAACAACAACAACAAGCUAAGGAAGGGGUUGUGGUCGCCGGAGGAGGAUGACAAGCUCAUGAAUUACAUGCUCAACAAUGGACAAGGUUGUUGGAGUGAUGUCGCCAGAAAUGCCGGCCUCCAGAGGUGCGGGAAGAGCUGUCGCCUUCGUUGGAUUAAUUACCUCAGGCCUGACCUUAAGCGAGGCGCCUUCUCUUCCCAAGAAGAAUCCCUCAUCAUCCAUUUGCACUCCCUUCUUGGCAACAGGUGGUCUCAAAUUGCUGCACGCUUGCCUGGACGCACGGACAACGAGAUAAAGAACUUCUGGAAUUCAACAAUAAAGAAAAGGCUAAAGAACUUGACGUCAUCCAUACCAUCUCCAAACACAAGCGACUCAUCAUCGCCUAAAGAUCAUGUUAUGGGGGGAUCACAAGGCAUCAUCAUGCCCAUGUACAUGGAUUCAUCAUCAUCAUCAUCUGCCAUGGCCAUGAACCACAUGAUUAAUGAUCCAAUAUCGUCGCAUGUGCUCGAGCAUGGCUUGAACAUGUCAAGUAAUGGGUAUCUUAAUGCAGUUCCCCAAUACAUGACUCAUCAUCAUCAUCAUCAUCAUCAGAUUGGUGUAUGUGGAGAUCAUAGCUUUCAUGGCGGAAAUGGGGUUUUUGGGUUAGAUGGGGAGAUGUUUGUUCCUCCAUUAGAGAGUGUGAGCAUUGAAGAAAAAGCAAAAAGUACUGAAACUAACGGAUACAAGAAGGCAACGAGUAAUACCACCAUGAAUAACAGAACAGAAAACCUAUCUCGGAUUGGAAAUUAUUGGGAAGUAGAUGAGCUUAGAAUGGGGGAAUGGGAUUUGGAGGAGUUGAUGAACGAUGUUCCCUCCUUCGCUUUCCUUGAUUUCCAAGUUCAGUAAUCCAUUGGGGGAUCGACCCACCUCCCAAAUAUUUUCCUUUUUUUUUUUUUUUUUUUUUAAUAUGUAUAUUUUUUUUUAUGUGAAACUCUUAAUUAGCUCUUCCCUUUCAUAGAUAUUCUCCCAAUAUCCAAACCCUUCUUAAUUAGGAAAGUAAGAAAAAAAAAAAAAGCAUUGUUUAUAACAACCUAGUACUCUAUAGCUUUUGUUGUUUGCCUUUACAAUUACACAGUUUUUCUUUUGCUGUACUGCA